AUGAUCGCGCAUAAAGUGAUAGUUACCCUUGCGUGGUUAUUUGGACUCCUCCCACAUGCUGGAGGAGGCUAUGGUGCCGGCGCUGUCGGCUUCUAUGGUAACGGAGUUAGCGCGACCGAUUUUGAUCCAGUCCUUUUGCAAGGAGUCCGAGGUUACCCUGGAAUACGAGUUCGAAUCAACCAACGAGCGUUCCAAUACGUAACUGGAAUAAUAGCCAAUGUGCUGAAUCAAGAGAUCAGAAAAUUUAAAAUACCUCCUGUUACACGAUGCAUUCAGCAGAUUAAUGGAUGUUUUCAAAUUUACAACAUCUAUGUCUCACGGUACCGUUGCCCACAACGAGUUGCCUUCUGUUCAGCGUCACCAAACAAACUUGUGCUACAAGUACAGAACUUUGAUAUUGGAAUCACUGGUAAUCUUGGUGGUCAGAUCGUUUUUCUACUACCCAUACCACUUACUGGAAUUUUUCAAGCAAACAUAUGUCAGGUGUCUAUCACCGUCGAGUUAACAGUCGAACGAGGACCAUAUGGCCCAUAUCUCCGAGCUUCAAGUUGUAAUGUCCAAGUUGGCUACGUAGACGCUUACAUCGACAACGGUGGCCUCAUUGGUGGCAUUGCCAACACUUUUUUUAGAUCAAUGAUCUCAAGUCAAGUGCGCGAGAUGAUACCCAAUAUGAUUUGUAGUCAAGUACCCAAUUUGAUCAAUGAAAAAGUUAACACCUUAUUAGCACGUCUACCGCAGACCAUUUGCAUUUCGCAAAUGAUCAGUUCAUUCAUUGGAUCAUUGAUGGGAGUUAGUGCAACACCCAGCCAGCAAUAUUGUCAAACUCAAUGCAGAGGAUUUGCGUACGGAAAAUAUGCGCUGGCCAGAGGUACACCACAAUGGGUUUACCAGACUAAUCAGGCUAAUACUUUACGUCAAAUCGCUCAACCACUUCGCCCUGUUGUUCGUGCUGCACCUACACAUUAUCUUGAUACCCAUUUCGGUCAGAGAUACCGACAGAGGACGCUUUACCCUUCAACUAAGAUAGUAAAACGAGAAGUAGCUCGAGUUCAUCGUCGUGGGUACGGUGUGCAGCAGUUCCAGGUUGCAGUUGGAAAUUUCCAAGGGCAACAACAAAGCGGCCUCAGUGGUAUUAGCAGACUUGCGGGAACACGUCUUUCACCUCCACCUCCGGUACCUGGUGCCCCUCCACCAAUGUUGGUGCCACCGCCAACAAAUCUCUGCGCAAAUUGUCCAGUUACUGGUGGUGGUGGCGAGGAUCCCAUGCAGUUUGUCAGACUACUUGUCGGACAGCUUGACAUGCGCAAGUUCUAUGAUCUCUGCCUCUCUCUUCAAUUAUUGAAUACUCAAGCAAGCUCAAAUGACUUCACAAUCAAUCUCAGCGGCGAAAUCAGUCCGAGCGCGCAAGGAGGAACACCAUUUGGAGCUUUUCCCGUCACAUUCCCCUCUUAUUACGACAAUCAUAUGGCCGAAAUUAUUAUAUCCGAUUACACAAUCAAUUCAUUAUUAUAUUGGUUGCAUAGAAAACAGUUCUUGUCUCUCCGCAUUGGUCCAGAGACUCCUGGAAUUGGUGAGCUUUUGAGGACUACUUGUGGUGAUGAAGAUGAACAGUUGCAAGCUAACCAAAUUACUCGUCGUCGGCAUGCUCGAAAGACAACGAGUGCUUCGAAGCAAAAGCGAGAUUCACCUAAUCUAAAGAUUCUAUUGACAUUGGCGGCGAAAAAAAGGCGAUCAAAGCGACAAGGCGCUGGAGGAUUGACUGACUUGGGCAUCUGCUUCGGUGAUAUAGUGCCAGCCGUUAAAGAGAGGUAUCCAAACCAGAAAGUUGCCAUACAAAUUCGGACAGCUCGUGCACCAUCCAUCAUUAUCUAUGCUGCUUACGGAGGUAUGGUGAGCUUAGAUCUCGUUCUAGAUGCGGACAUCUACAUUCAUGGAACCUACAAUCGGGCAAGUCAGCUUUACCCCAUCAAACCAAUAGAUGAUUUUUGA